CUGAGGUUGGUUAAGCCUCAGUUGAAGUAACUCGUGGAGAAAUCUCUUGGAUUAAAAAAGCCAAGGCAUGGGGGAGUUUUUUUAAUCUCUUAUCUUUUAGCGUUAGAGGAGAGACCUGUAAAUAAAAAGUCCAAGAGCCAGUGGUUCUUCCUGCUCAAGACUGUACAGUGGUUUCCCAGAUGGAAGACAGCCUGUGAAUCAGACAUGCUUCACAAUUGGUUUCAAUUUAUGCGCUACUUGGAUGCUUGCACCAUUAAUUUUCUUGUGUACCUUUCUUUUAAUCGUUUCUCUUAUCGGCAUAGUAGCAUUUUUGCUUGUAGUUAUAUUUUGUCUUGAAGUUUUCAUUCAUUUUUUAAAUUUGUUCUUAUCAGCCAAGAAGGCAGGAAACAGUAGAAAGACUGGAAUAGGAGUCUUAACAAAUAUAAAGUUUUGGAGACAAAGACAAACACUUUAUUCCAUUGUUUUGAUUGCACAGAAAGAAAGGUUAUCAAGCCAAUAAGGGUAAGGAAUCAAUGCCAUAUCAUUGAAUUGAAGAGCCUCAAGGAACGACAUGGCUUCUGGAUCCAAAUCUGCAGCGUUAUUUCUCUUAUUCCUUAACCUUGUUCUGUAUUUUAUUGUAGCAACAAUUGCUUCAUGGGCUGUUAACCAUGCAAUUGAAAGAUCUCGUGAAACAGCAUCUGUUUUAUCACUUCCAGCUCGUAUAUUUCCAAUAUAUUUUCCUUUCGGCAACCUGGCAACCGGGUUCUUCAUCAUCUUCUCCCUCCUUGCUGGUGUUGUGGGCAUGGCCACCUCAAUCACAGGCCUCAACAAUGUUCAGCAAUGGGAUGCUCCCAACUUAAAUGCAGCUACUGCCUCUUCCUUGUUAACUUGGUCGCUCACUCUGCUAGCCAUGGGACUGGCAUGUAAAGAGAUUGAUCUUGGGUGGACAGAUUCAAACCUGCGUACUCUGGAAGUUAUGACGAUAAUUGUGAGCGGUACACAAUUGAUCUGCACGGGCACUCUCCAUGAUGCUGCUGCAUGGCAGAGGAGCCAGGGGUGAGUUUGAGCUUCCAGUUUGAACCAACCCCGCGUAAUGCAUUGUUCUAUAUAUAAAAGAUGUAGGCUUGUAAAUGAUCUGUGCCCCCUUGUGCUCUGUGUGGUUCAUUUCUUGAGAGACUGAUUAUGGAUGGAGUGUGUGUAAAGCUCUUGAGCACUUUCAGUUUAUGUCAUCCUUGUGUGAUCAGUAUAUUAUAAUUUUAAUCAUGAUUAAAAUAAGUUAUUAGAA